UUUUAAUAUAAUUUUAUCGGCAACUUUAAUAAAAAAACUUCACAAGAAAGAGGAAGUCGGGACAUAGCUAUAAAGAUCGCUAAUAUUAAUGGGCUACUUCCGUUUGUUUGUCUGUCUGUAACAGGAAAUGUAGAUGUAUUCAUUUUCGCUUAAAGUCUCCGAAGAAGUUAUUUGUGAAACUUAUUAAAGUUCCAUUAGGGCAUAAAUGCGAGGGUAACUAAUGACCCACCAAAUUGGGUGAGUUCGCCAGACCUGGGUCAACGAACCUGUUUCGAAUUUUAUUUAUUUUAUUGAUCACCGUUUCAAGCUCUAUACAAUCAUAGUCACAAGAAAAAAAGAUAGUCUAGUUGCGUGGACCGUCGGCAUUGCUUACGCGAACUAUCCUCAAUCAGCCUGUGACGGCCCGCUCAUCCUGCACAGAAGUUCAAAAUGGCGGCGCAUGCAGGAGGAGACUACCUUGCAGGCGAAGAUCUUGAUGAUUUAUUUGAGUUACUUGAAGGCGGUUUUCUUGAUGAAGAUGUGGAUUUUAAUGUGGAAUUAGAUGCUGUGAUAACGGAAGUGGAAGCUUACGAAGAAGUUGGGUAUCCUUGUCAGGAUUGUGAUAAAAUUUGUAAAUCACAACGUGGCCUGACUAGACAUCGCAAUGUCAAACACACUACUGAAGUUACUCCUGAAAUAUCGACGAAUGCUGGUCCUUCAUUACCAAAACUUACUAAAGAAGAACAAAUUUUGAAAAAGCUACACCCUUUGAAGUUGAAAGUACUUAUCACGAAGAGUGCUGAGAUAUGCAUUGGUGAUCAAUGUUUACCCAAAUCAACCAGGGAAGUGUUUCGUGAUUUCAAAGUUUCUAAUGAUGAUGCGGUCAAACUUUGGGAAAAACUGAAGCCAAUCAUUGGAAAGUAUAACGGUGAUGCAGAAGAUUUUUAUGCAAACUUUUUUGGUCUAUUGAAAGAUAACUUGCUUCCAUCAAAAUUUGAGGACACUACUUUGAGCAAUAUUAUUCUAACAGAACUUGCAAAUCAUGUUUCAAUUCAUCUUUCGGGUAAUGAUAAAGUUGUCGAUUCUGUAACUGAAGCUGUAACACCUAUCUCGGAGAAUGAACAAAAAAGCCUGCAAUAUGUGGCUGGAUUUAUCGUUCACAAGCUUUAUACAAAACUCCGUUUUUCGAAAAAGUCUCAACAAAGUGAAUUCAACAAACAGGCUGUAUCAAUCCUACAAGCAUGCAAAGUUGACUGUGAUGAUUCACAGACAUUGAUCAAUAUACGCGACCGUGGUGGCUUGUGGAGAGUGAACAAACAAAUACAAGAACUUUUUCGAGAAUGUGAAAAAAUGUUUCGGUUGAAAACUUCAAAUUUCAGCACAACACUAAAUUGUCAAGACCUUGUUAAAAAUAUGCUCAAAAACUGUUCUGUACUUUCCAAUUUCAAAAGUGUCUGUUAUACCAUUGAUCCACAAGUCAGUAAAGAAGUCAGUAUGAAUCUUCUGGAACACAUGCUUACUAUGUUUACAAGAGUUCGCAGCUUUUCCUAUGCUAGAGACAUACGUGAAAAACAUAAGGCUGCUAAAAAACUUGCAAAGAAAAGAUCAUUGAGAACUGAAAUUAAAAAAGCCAGUAGCAGCAAAGACAUGGGUCACUGAUUCAUCUAGUUCCGGGCAUGAACUAUAAAAUCUGCCACAAUGGCUAUUUUUAUAGCCACACAUGUGAUAAAAAAACAUUACACAUGGCUAAAAAUCACAAUAAAAAUUCA